AUGGAGAGGUCUGCCAGGCUCUGCCCCUUAAAAGUCCGGAGCUGGUGCCCCGGCCGGGAAGACCUGCUGCUCGCUGCAGACCAGCUGGGAGCUGGAGGAAGGAGCCAAAACCGCAGGAGAGGAGGAGCGGAUGAGGGCGCCACGGCUGCGCCCCGCCGGGCUCGCACGAGCCCUCUUGCUGUGGCUGCUGCUGCCCGCCGCGCCCGUGUGCGGGGCCCGGACCCGGGGACCCUGGGCCCCCGCUGGGCUCUGCCCUGCAGCGUGCGAGCCCACGCGCUGCCCCCCGCUGCCGGCCUGCUCGGCGGGCGCCGCGCCGGUGCUGGACCGCUGCCGCUGCUGCCGCGUGUGCGCAGCGGCCGAGGGCGAGGCCUGCGGCGGAGCUCGGGGCCGGCCGUGUGCCGCGGGGCUGCAGUGCCUGCCGGGGCCGGGCCGUGCCAGCUGCGGCUGCCCGGCGGAGGGCGCGGCCGUGUGCGGAAGCGACGGGCGUACCUACCGAAGCCUGUGCGCGCUGCGGGCAGAGAACCGCGCCGCGCGCGCCCGGGGCGCGCUCCCGGCCGUGCCCGUGCAGAAGGGCGCCUGCGGGGCCCCAGGGACCAGAAGCACAGGCUGGCUGCGGAGCAAGUAUGACUUCAUCGCUGCCGUGGUUGAGAAGGUAGCGCCGGCUGUGGUUCACUUGCAGCUGUUUCGCAGGUCACACCUCAGCAGUAAGGACGAGGCUGCAUCCAGCGGCUCUGGGUUCAUCGUGUCUGAGGACGGGCUCAUUGUUACCAGCGCUCACGUCCUCACUAACCAGCAGCGAAUCCAAGUGGAGCUGCAGAGCGGGGUCCAGUAUGAAGCCACUGUCAAGGACAUUGACCAUAAACUGGAUCUUGCAUUGAUUAAGAUUGAGCCAAAUACCGACCUUCCUGUUUUGUUGCUGGGAAGAUCAUCAGACCUCCGAGCUGGAGAGUUUGUGGUGGCCUUGGGCAGCCCGUUUUCUCUGCAGAACACGGUGACUGCAGGGAUCGUCAGCACCACACAGCGAGGAGGCAAGGAGCUGGGGCUGAAGGAUUCAGACAUAGACUACAUCCAGACUGAUGCUAUCAUCAAUCACGGGAAUUCUGGGGGGCCCCUGGUGAACUUGGACGGCGAUGUGAUCGGCAUAAAUACACUGAAGGUGGCCGCGGGGAUCUCCUUUGCGAUUCCCUCAGAUCGAAUCAGUCAGUUCUUGGCAGAAUACCAUGAGCGCCAGUUGAGAGGCAAGACUCGUUUGCAGAAGAAAUAUCUGGGUCUGCGAAUGCUGCCUCUCACUCUGAACCUUCUUCAAGAAAUGAAAAGGCAAGAUCCAGAUUUCCCUGAUGUGAGCUCUGGGGUUUUCGUAUAUGAAGUGAUUCAAGGAACAGCUGCAGAGAGCUCCGGGUUGAGAGACCGCGAUGUGAUCGUCAGCAUCAACGGGCAGCCCGUUUCCAGCACGGCCGAUGUUAUCGAAGCUGUUAAAGACAAUGACUCUCUCUCCAUCAUUGUGCGGCGGGGCAGUCAAACCUUGUUUCUGUCAGUCGAACCUGACAUAAUUAGUUAAGCAUCUUGCCUUAAAAGAGAUUUAACAAAACCAAAGUUUGAUAACCUGAUUUGUGUUGAAGUCAUGCACAGAUGGCAGGUCUGUCUGGAGCUCUUUCUCAUUAAGAAAAAUGAAUAUUUAACAAGACGCAGGCUUGCUGCGUGGGCCGGGCUGGGUGUCACUGGCUGGAGAGCUGCUCUGCGUGUGGCAGCCUUUCCAGGCUGAGUGGAAGGGCGCAGUGCCGGAGGUCUGGGGGUUGAUAACAUUUUAUUUACAGCUAGGAAACAACUAAAAAGUAGGCAGUUUUAAAUAAAACCUCGACAGAAAGAUA